GCUGCGAGGCCGGCGGACGCACCGGCCAGAGGGAGCGCGCCGCCGGCCCACUUGGCCUGGCUCCCGGAGCCCGGGCGGCGAGCGCGGGGAGCAGCAGGGCGGGCGCGGGCGGAGCAUCGCCGCGGCGAGGGAAGCCGGGCACCAAGCGAGCGCCGGGGCGGCGCGGCGCGGCGGGGACGAUGACCACGGGCUCGGUGCUGCCGCUGCUGCUGCUCGGGCUCUCGGGCGCGCUCCGGGCCCACCGUGAGGAUCUUACAGUCAGAGAGGCCUGUAAGGCUGGCUUCUCCGAAGAAGGCUACACUGCGUUGAUCUCCCCGAAUGUCCUGGAAGGAGAGAAACUACUCAAAGUCAAGUUCAGCAGCUGUGUGGGCACCAAAGGGACGCAGUAUGAGACCAACAGCUUGGACUUCAAAGUCGGGGCGGAUGGGACAGUCUUUGCCACUCGGGAGUUGAAGAUCCCCUCGGAGCAGGUGGCCUUUACUGUGACUGCACGGGAACGCCAGAGCGCUGAGCAAUGGGACGCCAUGGUGCGGCUGCUGGUAGCCCAGACAUCAUCAGCACACUCUGAACACAAGAAAGGGAAGACGGCGGCCCUGGACCCCUCUCAGUCCCCAAAGGACACACUGCUGCCCUGGCCUCAACAUCAGAGCUCUGGCGGGCUGAGGAGGCAGAAGCGUGACUGGGUCAUCCCACCCAUCAACGUGCCCGAGAACUCCCGUGGACCCUUCCCCCAGCAGCUCGUCAGGAUCAGGUCGGACAAAGACAAUGACAUCCCCAUCCGCUACAGCAUCACAGGCGUGGGUGCAGACCAGCCCCCCAUGGAGGUCUUCAACAUUGACUCCAUGUCUGGCCGGAUGUAUGUCACUCGGCCCAUGGACCGGGAGGAAAGAGCCUCUUACCAUCUCCGAGCCCACGCGGUGGAUAUGAACGGUAACAAGGUGGAGAAUCCUAUUGAUCUGUACAUCUAUGUCAUCGACAUGAAUGACAACCGUCCAGAGUUCAUCAACCAGGUCUACAACGGCUCUGUGGACGAGGGCUCCAAGCCAGGUACAUACGUGAUGACUGUCACAGCCAACGAUGCAGAUGACAGCACCACAGCCAAUGGCAUGGUGAGGUACAGGAUUGUCACCCAGACACCCCAGAGCCCAUCCCAGAAUAUGUUCACCAUCAACAGUGAAACAGGGGACAUCGUGACCGUGGCAGCGGGCCUGGACCGAGAGAAAGUCCAGCAGUACACCGUCAUCGUCCAGGCCACUGACAUGGAAGGAAACCUAAAUUAUGGUCUCUCGAACACAGCCACUGCCAUCAUCACGGUGACAGACGUAAAUGACAACCCUCCAGAAUUCACCACAAGCACAUUUGCAGGAGAGGUCCCCGAAAACCGAAUAGAAACAGUAGUGGCCAACCUCACGGUGAUGGACCGAGACCAGCCCCACUCACCCAACUGGAAUGCCGUCUACCGAAUCAUAAGUGGGGACCCCUCUGGGCACUUCAGUGUCCGCACAGACCCCAUGACCAAUGAGGGAAUGGUCACCGUGGUAAAGGCAGUGGACUACGAGCUGAACCGUGCCUUCAUGCUGACUGUAAUGGUGUCCAACCAGGCACCCCUGGCCAGCGGGAUCCAGAUGUCCUUCCAGUCCACAGCGGGGGUAACCAUCUCUGUCACCGAUGUCAAUGAGGCCCCCUACUUCCCCUCCAACCACAAACUGAUCCGCCUGGAAGAGGGUGUGCCCGCUGGGACGGCACUCACCACUUUUUCCGCAGUGGACCCUGACCGGUUCAUGCAGCAAGCAGUGAGGUACUCGAAACUGUCUGAUCCUGCCAACUGGCUGCACAUCAACACAUCCAAUGGGCAGAUCACCACGGCCGCAGUCCUGGACCGAGAGUCCCUCUACACCAAGAACAAUGUAUACGAGGCCACCUUCCUGGCUGCUGACAACGGGAUCCCCCCAGCCAGCGGCACUGGGACCCUGCAGAUCUACCUCAUCGAUAUCAAUGACAACGCACCACAGCUGUUACCCAAGGAGGCACAGAUCUGUGAGAGGCCCGGCCUCAACGCCAUUAACAUCACCGCAGCCGAUGCCGAUAUGGACCCCAACAUUGGCCCCUAUGUCUUUGAGUUACCCUUCAUCCCCACGACUGUGAGGAAGAACUGGACCAUCACCCGCCUAAAUGGUGACUAUGCCCAGCUCAGUUUGCGCAUCCUGUACCUGGAAGCAGGGGUGUAUGACGUCCCCAUCAUUGUCACAGACUCUGGCAACCCUCCGCUGUCCAACACAUCUGUCAUAAAGGUCAAGGUGUGCCCGUGUGAUGAGAACGGAGACUGUACCACGGUCGGUGCAGUGGCUGCCGCCGGCCUGGGCACGGGUGCCAUCGUGGCGAUCCUCACCUGCAUCGUGAUCCUGCUAAUCAUGGUCCUGCUGUUCGUUGUGUGGAUGAGGAAGAGGGAGAAGGAGAGACACACAAAGCAGCUGCUCAUUGACCCUGAGGACGAUGUGAGGGACAACAUCCUGAAGUACGACGAGGAGGGUGGUGGUGAGGAAGACCAGGACUAUGACCUCAGCCAGCUGCAACAGCCAGAAGCCAUGGAGCAUGUGCUGAGCAAGGCCCCUGGAGUGCGGCGGGUGGAUGAACGGCCAGUAGGUGCUGAACCCCAGUACCCGGUCAGGCCUGUGGUGCCACACCCAGGAGAUAUUGGAGACUUCAUCAAUGAGGGACUUCGAGCUGCUGACAACGACCCCACCGCACCCCCCUAUGACUCCCUGCUAGUCUUUGACUAUGAGGGCAGCGGUUCUACUGCAGGCUCCGUCAGCUCCCUGAACUCCUCCAGCUCCGGGGAUCAAGAUUACGACUACUUGAAUGACUGGGGGCCCCGGUUCAAGAAGCUGGCAGACAUGUAUGGGGGUGGCGAGGAGGACUAACCAACCUCACCGCCAACACGAGAAGGGCACUGGAGGCCGAGCAGCAGAACUGAGGGGAGGUGCCAGCGCUGUCUGGUGUCGACAGGUCCCUCCCUGCUGCUGUCCCCCGUGUGGAGCUCUGUAGUAUGGACACAGGCCACCGGGCACCCACCAUCACUGCGGCAUCUCGGUAGCCACAGCCACUUACCGCGAAGGGAGAGCCAGAGGCACAGCCCUAACUUGAAUUUCUAACCACAAAAGCACUGUUAAAACAAACAAACAAACAAACAAAAAACAAAAGUGCCUUUUGGUACAUGACAGAUUCCCUAACUCAGGAGUGACUGAAAGAGGAGAGACAGCCCGAGGCCCCCAUCUCUGUAUACCCUGCCCCACAGCCCCAGCCCCAUCUGGUAUCUUCUGAAGGCAACAAGCAAGGAGUGGGAGACAAUGUGUCUUUUUUUAAAAAAAGCCUUUUAUUAAGAAAAAGAAAGUAGGUAACUUAUUUGCAAAAAAUAGUAUGGAGUUCAAAUCUCAACAGCUUUUGUUAUGCACAGCCAGGGUCUCCUGAGCCCCUUGGGCUCCCCAAGGCUGUUAGGUGAGGAUGGGGCUUUCCAGCACCAAAAAAAAAAAACCCUGGGCUAGCCCAACCCCAUCAGCAGAGCCACUGUGUGUGGACCCAGCUUUCGCCUGCAUUUGUGCCCUGCCCCGACCUACUGUAAACAGCUGGGGCAGAUGUGAUCCCCUGGAGGCCUUCCUGGAGUGCUCACCUCUCUGCUUGGCCACUGCCGCACCCUCGCACCACCAUAAAGCCUCUCUCGGGACCAGCUGCUGUCCCCAAUGCCACCGAGGUCCCUCUUUGCUUUGGUCCAGGACAGUAUGUUGUCUAAGAAGCCACAGCAUCCUGCAAACCCCUGGCUCAGCCCUCCACUCUUCAGGAUGAGACCCUGAGAGAUCCAUCGCCAUCACAAGCUCCCCUCAACGGAACCCCUGAACGCUCUCAACACACUCCCUAGGCUGUGCAGAAGGCAGAGAGCAGAGCCUGGCCAGACUCGGGCAGCUGCUUGGCCUCCCUGGGCCCGUUUAACCCAAGCUCCUGCCCGGUGCCAUGAACUGCUGUGGAUGUCAGGACCUACCAAGUGGCCAGUGAGAUUAUCUUGCUAUGCCCAUGUGACCACAGAUAUUCUGGCUUGGACCAAUGUUUCUGUUGUUCUCUGGAGCUGGUGGGGCACUUUACCAUGGCCACUUGACACAGGACAAACAGAGCAGGGUGACCACUUCUGUAGGACAGCAGAUAGGCUGUGUACAAGGUUCUACAGGAGAUGGCAAAGCUACCCUUUCCACUGGAGGGGAAAACAAACGUAGGACAUUCACAUGUCUGGGCCCAAAAGAGCCCCGGGACGGGGCAGAAAGGCAGGCACUGAAGGGGCACCCUGUGCCAAGUCUUCCUGGCUUACCCCAUGCUACAAUACACUCCCCAAAAAAGGGAUUCAUCCUGGCCUUGGUGUCUGAAUCUUCUUGGGGAGACCGCGGAAGUCCCAGCAUUGAUGAAAAAUAAGUUUCUUCCAGAUCUUUAACCUGUAUCUACUACUGGGGGGCCAGGAGGGCUUCAAAAGGGCUGGGGGUGCCCAGGAGAUAGCAUGCUCCCCAGCCAGAGGUCUCUGAUUCAUGUCUCCUCUUAGCUUCUUUACCCUGUGGCUAGAUACCCUUUUCCAGCCGGCUUUGGCCUCAAAGACGGACCUGAGUGAACUCACGGGUGCCCAGCUCAUGGGUAUGUCCCAUUGGAUGUCAGGGUUCUUUCCCAAACCAAACCCAUCCCCACCUCUGAACUCCUGAACUUGAGCUUGGGCUGCAAGCUCAGCAGUGUCUACCCUUACUCCUAACACAGCUGUCCCAGGAGGGGGAUGAAUAGGGGCCUCUGUAGCUUCCUGGGAGUCCCCCUGCCUACAGCUAGGACAGCAGAGCUCAUGAAGGGGUUUGGGAGGGCUGUCCUAUGCAAAUUGCUCGAAUCGGCAAACAAUUCUGGUUGGUGCUGAGCUUGGCCUGGCUACUGGUGGGAUUGUCUGUGGGUUAGGGCUGGUGAAUUGAAAAGUUUUCUGGGGUUUGAUUUUAGAAAAACCCAAGAAGGUUCUUGGAAGCGUGCAUAUAUUUGGUAGCACGGUAGCCAAGAACUCUCCUGAAAUCCCAAGGUUUUCUUAGAAGCCUGGGAUGGGGGGGUACCAAAUCCAUCAGUCACCUGAAGGAGUCUCUCCUGCCUCCAUCUCCUUCUCCCCAUCCCCAAGACCCCUGUCACUGCCAGGCCCUUGCAGGAACAUCCAUGGGAUUUCCUAAAAGCUGGACAGCUUGUCCCUUUCACCCUACACCCCAAUCAGCCCCUAGGGCUAAAGGAAAAGAGGGUUCUACACACACACACCCCAGACCCAUCAUGGAACUCUGUUCCCAGGCCAACAAGUUAGCAUUAGCCAAGCAUACAGUCAGUGUCAAAUGUUUCUCUUCUGUAGCUUGUAGAUACGUGUCUGCAGGCAGGGCCCAGCCAACCUAGGCUGGUGGCCAUCUCUGUGCAGUAAGAGGGUGUGGUUUGGCUCCUUUAAGGAGAAACCUAUACCACUGGCUUGGAAGAACACCUGGCCAUAGCCAGCCUUGGUCACACCUGACUCCCGGCCAGCAGCUUUUCUCUCUCAUGCCUUUCAGCACAUCCAAAAUGCUGGGUCUGCCAUCAAGUGUCAGAGUAAUGACCAAAAGUCAGGCCCUCAGAGAUGCCUCAGUUUCCCCAUAGUGAGUAUGUGGUCUGUUGAGAUGACAUCUCUGUGCUCUCUAAGGUAAAUGGGGACGUCUCUAUUUCCACCCACACUGAAAGGCAAAACCAAAAACUCACAGCAGAAUCGCUGUGCACAGAGUGCUGGGUGUGGUCGUACACACACCGCAUACCUAGCUGCUCUGCCUGCCACACUAGUCGGCUAGUGGAAGUCACCUCCGUCUACACUGGGGACGCAUCUUGCUUUUCCUUCCUCUCCUGUUUUCCAUUCUGAUUUAUUUUCUGCAUGUUUAUUUUUUUUGAAAAUGGACAAAUGUAUAGCAGCCCGCAUGACCGUGGUUGUUUCGGGAAAGAUACCGGAGUAUGAUGUGUUCACGCUGCAGCUCUGAGGCGCCAUGCGGUGAGACAGACGUUCCGACUUUUUUUGUAACCGUCAACAGCACAAAUAUUUUGUAUUGUCGUUUGUAUCAUUUUGUACCGAAAAAAAAAAAGAAAAAAAACAAAAACAAAAAGGGAAGAGAGUUGAUGUUUUCGAUGUGUUUUUAGUGCCAGGCAGUCUUGGUUCCGAAGGGAACGGUGGCUUUGCGGAAUUGUCGUGUCCAGGGGUGGAGUCAGGCGUUAGCACGCUGCUCCAAAGGAAUAAAUAAAAUCCCCUUUGAAAUA